GAGCGCUGCCGCUUUCCAACGCUCGUUUAAACUAUAAUUUUCUCUUUUUCUCUCUUCUGGGUAUUUCGUUUGGCGAUUGAAAAAGUUCAAAAAAGCUCUGAAAAUUUCCCUUUCAAUCAUAAUAAAAUCAAUUUUCAGAAUUUCGAGGACACUGAAGCCGGCCUGCUUGUUGUGGGCAAGGAGAGAAGGGCCCGCACGUCUUAAUUUCUCUCUUUUUCUUUCACUUUUUGUUCUUUCUCGAGAAAUUUCCCUCUAAUCCUCUAAUCUCUUCUGUUCUUCAUACGCUCCUCUUUCCUCUCUCUCCCUAUCACCCUUUAAUUUGAAUUUUCGCGGCUCCCAAACGUGUAAUAUCUCUUUUUAUGCUGUUUCUUGUCGUAUCACACCCCAAGUCUGAUUAUCUUUUGAGGCAUUCUAUUGAUUAAAAUGUCAUCUGCAAAUCCUUAUUUUGAUGACGUUCGGACGAAACCAGAGGUAAUCGAUCCUCCCCAAGAUGAGGACAUGAUGGAUGUUAGCGAAAGUGUUAGCGAUCCUACUCGAAAUGGAGGAAAGCCUAAUGUAGCUGUCUCUAGCAGCGUUCGUGAGCUGUUGGAGUGUCCUGUUUGCUUGAAUGCUAUGUACCCUCCCAUUCAUCAGUGUUCGAAUGGUCACACAUUGUGUUCGGGUUGCAAGCCUAGGGUGCACAACCGGUGCCCGACCUGCAGGCAUGAACUUGGCAAUAUCAGAUGUCUUGCAUUAGAGAAAGUGGCUGCAUCUUUGGAACUUCCAUGUACAUAUCAAACCUUUGGGUGCGCGGGCAUAUACCCGUACUAUAGCAAGCUGAAACAUGAAUCUCAAUGUGCAUAUCGACCCUAUAACUGUCCGUAUGCGGGGUCGGAAUGCACAGUUGUUGGUGAUAUUCCAUUUUUGGUAGCACACCUAAAGGAUGAUCACAAAGUCGACAUGCAUAAUGGGAGCACUUUCAAUCAUCGAUACGUCAAGUCAAACCCGCAAGAGGUCGAAAAUGCUACCUGGAUGCUAACGGUUUUCAGCUGUUUUGGUCAUUAUUUUUGUUUACAUUUCGAAGCUUUCCAGCUCGGAAUGGCACCUGUCUAUAUAGCCUUCUUGCGCUUCAUGGGUGACGAUAACGAGGCGAAGAACUACAGUUAUAGCCUUGAGGUUGGUGGAAAUGGGAGGAAGAUGGUUUGGCAAGGAGUGCCACGGAGUAUUCGGGACAGUCAUCGGAAGGUGCGAGACAGCUUUGACGGGCUUAUUAUCCAACGAAACAUGGCUCUGUUCUUCUCGGGCGGAGAUCGGAAGGAAUUGAAGCUGAGGGUAACUGGUAGGAUUUGGAAGGAGCAGUGAAAGUGUAGGUACGUUUAGGUGUCCUUAGAAAGUAAAGGAGGCUAAAUAGAGAGAAUGAUACUAUAGACGUCCAACCAUGUAAUGUAAUAUAGUUGUUCAAAUACAUCAACUGGAAAGCCUGUGUUCUUUACUCUUGUAAGAGAAUUUCUACUUACUACUUUUUGCAUUUUGCUCCCCACAAGAGUUCGAUAUUGCACUUUUAGGUCC